AUGACCAACUCGUCUACUACACCUCCACCACCUCACACUCGACAGACGCACCAGCAUCAGCUCGAGGAAUGGUCGACGCGCUCGCCAUGCGCCAUGAGCGACGACAACCCUCCGAAUGGGCGCGACGAUGACGACGAUGUAUUCGCCGCGCCGAGCAGCAAUGACCAGCUUGCAACACCCGCCUUGACCCCAAUCAGCGAGCACGGCAGUCGUGAGAGCUCGGCUUUUCUUGACGGUGAAGAUGAGCAGGGAAGCAGAAGAUCAGCAGAUGCGGUGAUCGAAGUGGACAAACAAGCUGUAUUAUCGACACAAAGCAAUGGCGCUGUCAAUCGCGAAAGCAGAGCUGGUAGUGCGACUAAGUUGUCCCACUCGCAGUUGCAAGAGUUUGUUCAGUCGCCGGAGAAUCUGCCUGUGCGUGUGCUGGAUGAGAGUGGAAGAGAAGGGUCAACGGUGCACAGUCGGCGCCCGUCUGACCACAUCCCUCCAAUCGGCUUGGAUGCCAGCGAUAUACACACGACACCUGCUGGAGACUCCUUGGACAACCAUACCGGAAGCAACACAUUGCAGAGACUUACCGAACCGUCUUUCCUCGGCGCUACCCCUGCAGCCAUCACCACUGCUCGCCCAUCGAAGGGUUCGCGCUCGGCGUCCACUCCUCUCGUUCACCGCAAGUCGUCUUCCUCCAAGCCCUCCGCGGCAAGACCAGCGCUGGACCCUCUCAAUACCGAUGAUUUGAAUGCCGCGCAAACCGUGCGACAAGCCAGGAUGACACCCACGCUGGACCGCUUCCCCUCCCCCGCGCCACCCCUUCUCCCAAUUCCACCAUUCUCUCUGCCCACCUACCUCCAACUCGAACUAUCCUCAGAUCGACCCUCGGCACUCUACAUCCACCGCUCCACCAGCGCCGACUUCCCGUAUGAAUCCUCCAAAGUAAAGUUUGAGCGACUGCUCAACUUCCUCUGGCUACCGCACAACCUCGAGCAAGUUCUGUGGUUCGGAGCGAUUGCUUGCUUGGAUUCUUGGCUGUAUACUUUCACCAUCCUCCCCCUACGAUUCUUCAAGGCGAUUAGUAUCCUUCUACAGUGGAUGCUUCACAACACCAUCAAGGAACUGCACGAUCUCAAUGCCUUCGUAUAUUCCGGCAUCGGCCGAAUGUGGCAGAGGAAGCGAGGCAGAUCCUUCUCCGAGACGCCGAGAGGCUCGAUAUCGGAAGGCGACAGCUCGCGGCGACAUUCAGUAGUGGAUGCGACGGCAGAUGCGGCGGCAUCGAAAAUGAACGGACACAUCUCCCACGCACCCACCGAUCGAAAACGAAGGACGAACAACCCAGCCUUUCGCCAUCGUCGAACGAAAUCCACUCCCUCGGCUCUACUGCCCAACCACAAAGCCGACAUUCUUCAAGGCCUUCUCGUCAUCAUCAGCUGCACUCUCCUCAUGUACUUUGACGCGAGUCGCAUGUACCACAGCAUCCGCGGGCAAGCAGCCAUCAAGCUCUACGUCAUCUACAACGUCCUCGAAGUCUUUGACCGCCUCUUUUCCGCCCUCGGGCAAGACGUACUGGAAUGCCUGUUCAGCAAGGAGACGUUGGAGCGCGACGAGCACGGCCGCAGCAAGAUCCUGCGGCCGCUCUGGAUGUUCUGCCUCGCGCUCGUCUACAACGUCACGCACGCCACUGCCCUCUUCUACCAAGUCGUGACGCUCAACGUCGCUGUCAACUCCUACAACAAUGCCCUCCUCACCCUCCUCAUGAGCAAUCAAUUUGUGGAGAUCAAGGGAACGGUCUUCAAGAAGUUCGACAAGGAAAAUCUCUUCCAAAUGACGUGCGCCGACAUUGUCGAACGCUUCCAACUCUGGCUGCUCCUGCUCAUCAUCGCCUUACGCAACAUCGUCGAAGUAGGCGGACUCAGCAUCUCCCUGAACAGCGCCUUCGGCGACUCUCCCGAACCCUUUAACCCCGGACUCAACGGCACGUCCGCCAUCCCCCUCACCUCCGCCUUCGUCAUCCCCAAAGCCUUCACCCUCUUCCCCAAAUGGACCGGCGAAGUGCUCGGACCCUUCCUCAUCGUGCUCGGCAGCGAAGCGCUAGUGGACUGGUGCAAGCACGCGUACAUUGGCAAGUUCAACAACAUCAAGCCCAACAUCUACUCCCGCUUCCUCGACGUGCUCGCCAAGGACUACUACACCCACGCCUUUGCCGACCAGAACUUAACGAAGCGCCUCGGCCUGCCCGUCAUCCCGCUCAGCUGUCUCGUCAUCCGUGCUUGCAUGCAAACUUACCACAUGUUCCUCGCAACCCACAUGCCACUACCCAUCGCCUCCGCCGCAACGAGCAUCUCCCUCGAAUCAGACUCCACAGGCCAAAUCCCAGCAACAACCGCCGCACUGCAACACAUCGACGACAUCUUCCGGCGCGCCCUCGGGCGCUCCUCCUUCGGCGCCGGAGGCGGAAACGGCAGCGGACCAAGCACAUCUACCUUCAGCUGGUGGAGCGUAGACGACCUCAUCGCCUUCGCAACCAUGUGCGUCUUCUUCCUCGCGCUGUACCUCGUGCUCUUGGCCCUCAAACUCAUCCUCGGCAUGGCGCUGCUGUCGUUUGCGCGCAAGCGGUAUGCAGGGAUGAAAGCGCGGGAGGGGGAGAGUGUGGAGACGCAGGGGAAGCGGGUGGGGCGGUUGGCAACGGUGGAGGUUGGGGAGGAUAAGCGGCGGUGGAUUUAUGGGGACGAUGCGGAAGGACUCAGAGAGGUUAGGGAGAGGGAGGAGAGGGGGAGGCGGGCGGCGAAGGCGGAGAUGAAGCUGGAUGGCGUUAUGCGGUAUAGUAUGGCUGGUAAAAGGAUUUGUAUGAGAGAAGCGAUUGCUAUUCCUCCACCUCCAUACGAGCAUGCGGAUUUAGCUCCGACUAGCGAGGACCGCCGCAACAUCCAGCCACCACCUCACGUCCACCUCACGUCCCCACGAUACUCGCAAGAGGGCGCGACCAACUCACGUCGAAAAAUGGAAAAGCUCAAGGGCCAAGUCUCAGGCCUGCUAGAUGUUGAUCAGCCCCCGCGCAGGAGCAAAGGCCUCAAAUACACCGACAAAGAAGCGUCCGAGGCGCAGCGCGACCUCGAGCACUCCGUCGGCCUGGGCCACAAACCCAACCAAGUGCCCGACGGCACGCCGGAUAUUAAUGGCGAGAUGCGCACGAUUAUGCUGGGGUGGCAUCCCGUGGCCGGCGGGGCGGGCAAGUGGUUCGCCGAAAAGACGAUCAUCGGCAAGCAGAUUACGCAUCGCAUUGGCAAGUUUCCCGAUCCAACGCAACAUUGGGCGGUGAUUGUGGGGGACUACGUGCAUGAGUUGUGGAUGGACGAGAAGCUCGACAUCAUCUACUUCAACGAGAAACAUGUGCCGGAAGAAUGGCACACGUACGAAGUCGGCAAGACGAGGUUCAAUGAUCAGGCGUUGAGAAAAGCAGGCCAAAUGACGAUCCACAACAUGCGAGAAAAACACGCAGCCUACAACCUCAUCAGCAACAACUGCCAAAACUUCGCCGUCAACCUGCUCGACAAAGUCCAAGUCGGCGCGCACAAGGAGUUCGCCACGGCGUUUACAGUCUACCAGCACGCCACGGGCGACCACGAAGUCAUGGAUCUCUGGCAGGACAAGCAGCCGGCGGAGCAGCAGAAGCUGGACGAGGAUGCGGCGGAAGUGCCGAAAGCGAAGCGCGACGAUACCACGCAGGUGGCGGAGCAGGUGAUGAAGGAGAAUACGACGCAUUUGGAUCACGGGGAUUGA